GAGACAGACCGAAGCAAGUAGGCAAUCAACCCCCGUCGCCUCGUUGUGACCGGUCGCACCCGUCAAAUCGACGAUCCCGGUCCACUUCCCAUUCCCAGGCACGCCGCCUACACGCACGCCGCGAGCAUGGGCACCCCAGCGCCGCCCCCGGCGUGGAUGGCCGCCGCUGCCCGCAAGUGGCUGGAGGACGCCGGCGCCCUCGGGGAGGACGUCGCCGGCGCCGCCGACGGCCGCAGGGCCUUCAACGCGCUGCCGCUGUCCGGUGUGCGCGUAGCCCUCGCCGAGCGCGGCCGCGUCCUCUGCUCGCUCCGCGUGCCCGGACACCUCACAGACGCGGAGGGGAACUGGCACGCGGGGGCGAUCGCGGCGGUGAUGGACGACGUCUGCGCGGCGGCGAUCAUGUCGGUGGAGGGCAUCAUCAAGGUCUCCGUCCACUACGACAUCUCCUACUUCUCGCCCGCCAAGCACAAAGAGGAAGUGGAGAUGGACGGGAGGGUGGUCGAUCAUAAAGGGAGGAUGACGGCGGUGACCACGGAGGUCCGGAAGAAGGAGACCGGUGAGCUGGUGGCGAUCGGCCGGCAGUGGAUGACCACCUCAAGACCAAAGGGGUCCCAAGGGAGCAAACUAUGAUACACAUACAGAUCAGUUGUUCAUACUCCUUUGUGCCGUAAUCCCUCGAGUAAAUAAUUGUCGGAUCAGCCUCAAUUUUCACCGUAAGGUAGAUGUAAUUAGUUUGUCGCAGCUAGAGUUCGAGUUUUACAGCUCGUGAUUUUUCUCGUGCAAAUACAAUUCCAUAUAGCACUACUUCUGUUUCAAAUUACAUGAUGUUUCAGAGAGCGUACAGUCAAUAGAUAUUUGACUGCUAAUUAA